AUGUCCUCCCUUCUUGACUGGCUCGUUGAACACGAGCCUUCAUUCCGCAAAACCCGCCUUCCCUCCCUCUACUCCGACCUGACUGUACAACGCACCACCAAUCCCGAAGGCUACGCUGCCAAUGUAACAGCAUGGACAAGCGCUCUGACACGUCUCACUCUGGCCGCUCAACUCCCGCCCGAGCAACACUCCUUCAUCCUUAACACGUCCAACGACCUGCUCUCAGCGCUUGCGUCCCCAACCUAUGGCCAGCCGAGCGGUCUCGGCAGCGUGUUGGACGAGUGUGUACGGCAGGGCAAGAUGGUGGAUCUGAAAGACUUCAUGGCCGAUGGCCGCACAAGCAUCUUCAGUAAAUCCUGGAUUCCCAGCCCGUGGGCUGUAUUGAAAUGGGGACUGAGCCAGGUCGGUGUCGGGGGACCUGCAAAAUACGAUCUGGCUGGAGGCAGGCUACGAAGUGGAAAUCUAGUGGUCGUUGCCGCGCUGGAAGAGAGGUGGAAGCAAUUGCAGCAGGUCAGAGAUAAACGGCCACAGGGCCUAACGGACAGAAUUCUCAGUCGCGAAGCAUUUGUCCAAGAAGUGAACGCCACGACAUCAGAACAACAACUAUCAGACCAGGAUAUCAUAGUCUUGCUCCGCUACCUCUCCCUCGACAAACAAGUCCUCAGCUACGACGCCGACACGAUCAAAUUCAAAGCCCCAAAUGCAUCCACCACUCAGCAACCCGACCCCAUUACACAAGAAGACCGACAUAUUGCGUCUCUAAAACUACUAAUCAAGAAUCUUACCACCCAGGUCGACACCCUCAACGCCCGUAUCACGACCCUACAAACAACCGCGCGCGAUGCCGUGAAGCAACACAACAAAGUCACUGCCCUUUCGGCCCUGCGUUCUAAACAACUCGCUGAGCGGAACCUGACAUCUCGCUCCGCAACCCUCCAUCAACUCGAGGAAGUGUACACGCAGAUCGAAGCAGCAGUCGAUCACGUGCAAGUAGUGCAAGCAAUGGAAGCGAGUGCGGGGGUGUUAAAGGGAUUGAACAAGCAGGUCGGUAGCGUUGAUAGGGUGGCGGACGUGAUCGACCAAUUGACGGCGGAGAUGGGCAAAGUUGACGAAGUCACCGGCGUGCUGAAUGAGCCGUUGGACGCCAAGGCUGUGCUGGAUGAAGGGGAGCUUGAUGAUGAGUUGGAGGGUCUGGAACGCGAGGAGGUUCAGAAGGUGCAGGCGGAGGAGACGAGGCGGCGGCUGGCAGAGUUGGAGACAAUAGAAAGGGAGAAGGAGAAGGCGAAGGCGAUAGAAAUGGAGAGAUCGAAGGAAAACAACAUGAACUCGCAACUUCUUCUCAGCAACACGGAUAAACCAGCUCAACAUGAGAACGACGACUUUGAGAAAGACCUGUCAUCAAGCAUGGAGAGAUUAAAAGCUCUGGACUUAUACGCUCAGAGCCAAAAAGAGAAGCCAAAGUCUCAACAACCACAGCAACAGCAAGCUCAAAAAGAGACCGACAGCAAGAUGGUGGAAGCGUGA